GCGCUCGGCUCGCGAGGGGGGCGGCUGCGGGUGGAGGUGCGCUUCUGACAAGCCCGAAAGUCAUUUCCAAUCUCAAGUGGACUUUGUUCCAACUAUUGGGGGCGUCACUCCCCCUCUUCAUGGUCGCGGGCAAACUUCCUCCUCGGCGCCGAUUCUAAUGGAGCCUCACCUGCUCGGGCUGCUCGGCCUCCUGCUCUGUGGCACCAGGGUCCUCGCCGGCUACCCAAUUUGGUGGUCCCUGGCUCUGGGCCAGCAGUAUACGUCCCUGGGCUCACAGCCCCUGCUCUGUGGCUCCAUCCCAGGCCUGGUCCCCAAGCAACUGCGCUUCUGCCGGAAUUACAUCGAGAUCAUGCCCAGUGUGGCCGAGGGUGUGAAGCUGGGCAUCCAGGAGUGCCAGCACCAGUUCCGGGGCCGCCGCUGGAACUGCACCACCAUAGAUGACAGUCUGGCCAUCUUUGGGCCCGUCCUUGACAAAGCCACCCGCGAGUCGGCCUUCGUGCACGCCAUCGCCUCGGCCGGGGUGGCCUUUGCAGUCACGCGCUCCUGCGCCGAGGGCACCUCCACCAUCUGCGGCUGCGAUUCGCACCAUAAAGGGCCGCCCGGCGAGGGCUGGAAGUGGGGCGGCUGCAGCGAGGACGCUGACUUCGGGGUGCUGGUGUCUCGGGAGUUCGCGGACGCGCGAGAGAACAGGCCAGACGCGCGCUCGGCGAUGAACAAGCACAACAACGAGGCGGGCCGCACGACCAUCCUGGACCACAUGCACCUCAAGUGCAAGUGCCACGGGCUGUCGGGCAGCUGUGAGGUGAAGACCUGCUGGUGGGCCCAGCCCGACUUCCGGGCCAUCGGCGACUUCCUCAAGGACAAAUACGACAGCGCCUCCGAAAUGGUGGUGGAGAAGCACCGCGAGUCCCGAGGCUGGGUGGAGACCCUGCGGGCCAAGUACGCGCUCUUCAAGCCGCCCACCGAGAGGGACCUGGUCUACUAUGAGAACUCCCCCAACUUUUGUGAGCCCAACCCCGAGACAGGCUCCUUUGGCACCAGGGACCGGACUUGCAAUGUCACCUCCCACGGCAUUGAUGGCUGCGACCUGCUCUGCUGUGGCCGUGGCCACAACACGAGGACGGAGAAGCGGAAGGAGAAAUGUCACUGCAUCUUCCACUGGUGUUGCUACGUCAGUUGCCAGGAGUGCAUCCGCAUCUACGAUGUGCAUACCUGCAAGUAGCGAGCCAGGGUGCUGGGAACAGGUGAAGUGUGUGACUGGGCGGAUUCACCAAAGUCCCAUGGGAAGCAGGAGCUAGAGCCAGGGCUCAGCCCUCAGCAUCAGACAGCAAGGAGUAUGGACUGUUGCCAGAUGCACGUGUGGUAAAUGACCUGGACCCAACCCGCCCAUUGGCUGGGAGGCUUCUCCCUCUUUCUCAUCUGAAGUUUCUCACCCUACUCUGGAUGGUGUGUGGUUUUUUUAAAGAAGGGGCUUUCUUUUUGGUUCUCCAGGGUCUGAUAGGAACAGACCCAAGGCUUAUCUUUGCACAUGUUAAAGAAAAUAAAAAUAAAAAAAAAGCAAAACAAAAAACCAAACUACUCCAACAGAACAGGCUGGGCUAAUGUGAGCUCUCUGCCUGGCGGUAAAGACAUCAGUAUGGGCAAGACUCUCCUUCCAAACUGCUUCAAAUGGUGGCAUUCCAAGAUGUCUGUGAGGUGGGAGUUAUGAAGUAGGACAAACCCCUGCAGUCUCCUUUUCUCUGUCUGUUCCCAUUCAAAUCUGAUAUACUUUCACAUUCUGAUAAAAGCCAUAGGUUUAGCUAGGAUAAAGUGGUAGGGAGGCCCAAGGCAAUUGUUAGGAGUUUGAAUUUUGAGAGCUUGGAGUUCUAAGUGACCCGGGGAGCUAUUUGAAGAGCAGCAUGUUCUUCUCAGUCUCAUUUUCUCUAUGACCUAUUCUGCACGAGGCUCCUGUGAACUGCAGCCAGAUCUCAGUCUUUCGCUGCCAUUCUGCAGUUCUCACCAUUAAUGCAGUGUACUUUUUUGUAGUGGACUUUGUGACUAGGUUCUGUAUGGGGGCAAGCCUCCUCCAGCUCAAAUGGCCUCCGAAAGCCAGCAGCAGUCUCUUUGGAAGGGGCCAUUCAGUCCUUCCUGGCCCUGCUCACCUAUGGAUUCUUCAUCAGAACAGCUCCAGGUAGGGCAGUUGGACUCUAGGUCAUUUUAGUACAAUUGCUAUAAAAUUAGGCCAUUCAAGGGUCAGUGAGAGAGUGAUCUAUUCCUGAAAUUCCAACUUUGUGACUAGUGGAUGGGGAGGAUAAAAACGAUUCCUUCAUUUCCUUUCCAAUAAGGACAUGUCUUCCCACAUUCUUUUCUUUCUUUGGCCUAAGAGUAAACAGAAAUGCAGAGUUCCUUAACAGUCUUCCACCCCUCACCUGUAUUCUGAGACAGCUGCAAUCCAUGUGUUACCAAGGCUGAGGACUGGGUGUUCAAAGGCAGGCAAGUGGUCACUUACUUCCUUGGGUAAAGCAUCUCACAGCUGAGCUCUCCUUGACUCACACAGUCUACAGGCCUAGAGUGUCCUAGAGGAAGCUAGCAAAAUGGAGGAAAAAGGAUUUGAUGAAAUGAAUAAAUCCAACUGUCUUAAGAAUCAGAAAGAAGAGACGCAGCAGGGUAGAGAGUAGAACAGAGUUUUUUCUUUCUUUUCUCCCUUUUCUCUUUGGUCUACCUAACACUGGCCUCAGGUACCUGGCCAGUGGUCUUCUUGCUUGCUCAGGCAGGCUUGCCAAGACGAUCAUCUCGAAGCCAUGCCUUCAGCCUUGAAUCUGCUGGCAACAAGCCCUGCUAAUGAUACACGUCCCACUCCCUCUAUGGAGAGUCUGAAAUGCCCCUCCCCAUCUCACCUUAGACUGCAAAGUUUUAAAUCAGUCAACCGGAUUAUGCUUGCUUUAUGUGAGAAUAUUUCAGCAGAAUGGAAACAAAUUUUCAAAAGUCUUUUUUAUAUCUAUGUAUUCUAUAUUAAAAGUGAUAAAGUCAUGUUUCUGGGGAGUAUUCAAGUAGCUGACAAGUAAUUAUUUAAUAAUAGUACAUUGAGUGCGUUGUAAUUAUUCUCGCAGUAGUCAGGUAUUAGUAUCCAACAGAAAUUUCCUACCAACCUGCUGUAUCCAAAGUUUUGUAAAAAGUUGUAGAAGUUGUUGAUCUUUUUGAUUUUAUAUUCAAAAAGUCUCUUUUUAUAAAUAUUAUUUAUUAUACAAUGUAUAUACCUUUGAGUUAACUAAGAUUAUAUAUUAUAUAAAUAUAUAUAUAUAUUUGGAGAAAAUAUAUUUCAUCAUGCAGUUUUUUUCUGUUAAGUCAUUAAAGAGAAGGUAAACAAA